AUGGCCAGUGAAGACAAGGACGCUGGUGGCAUCCAUUUCCCAUUCCCCUUCACUCCCUAUUCCAUCCAGAGAGACUUCAUGACAGAGCUGUACCACGUGCUGGAGGCGGGCAAGAUUGGAAUCUUUGAGAGUCCUACUGGCACUGGAAAAUCUUUAAGUCUUAUCUGUGGGGCCCUCUCAUGGCUCCGAGACUUUGAGCAGAAGAAGAGUCUGGAGGAGUCCCGUGUCCUUCAGAUGGGAACCGACCUCCUUCGUGGCGGGAAGGACCCGCCCCCACCUGUCUCCUGCCAAGACAGCCCCAGCCUGCCAAGGCCAGCUGGAGAGCCCGACUGGGUCACUCAGUUUGUGCAGAAGAAAGAGGAAAGGGAUCUGGUAGACCGGCUCAAGGAGGAGCAGGUCCGGAGGAAGAAGCGAGAAGAGCGCCUGCAGCUGCUCCGUCACAGUGCUCAGUUCCAGCAUGCAGCCAGGCGUGCGAGGCAAGAAGAGGAAGAAACGGAGCGUCUCCUCCAACUCAGCAGGGAGCUGCUGGCCGCGGGUGCAGGGGCCGAGCAGGAGCAGCUGGCUGCUGGGGAGGAGGAGCUGGUCCUUGCUGAGUACGAGAGUGAUGAGGAGAGAGGAACAAGAGGAAGAGCUCUCGGGGGAGUCGAGGAGGAAGAGGAUCUCCUGGAGGAAGAGCAUGUCACGAAGAUUUAUUACUGCAGUCGGACCCACUCGCAGCUGGCCCAGUUUGUGCAGGAGGUUCAGAAGAGCCCCUUUGGCAAGGACACCCGUGUGGUCUCCCUUGGCUCCCGGCAGAACCUUUGUGUCAAUGAAGACGUGAGAACCUUGGGCUCUGUGCUGCUCAUCAAUGACCGCUGCCUGGAGAUGCAGAGACGCCCACAAGAGAAGCUGAGCCAAGCGGAGGAGGAGAAGCCAAAGCGGCGACGGCGGGAGCAGCGGGCCUCGUGCCCCUUCUACGGCCACGAGCAGCUGCAGCUUCUCCGGGACGAGGUCCUGGUGGCGGUGAGGGACAUCGAGCAGCUGGUGACUCUGGGGAAGGAGGCCCACGCCUGUCCCUAUUACGGGAGCCGGUUUGCCAUUCCCGCAGCCCAGCUGGUGGUGCUGCCCUACCAGAUGCUGCUGCACGCACACACCCGUCAGGCUGCAGGCAUCCGGCUGCAGGGCCAGGUGGUGAUCAUCGACGAGGCUCACAACCUCAUCGACACCAUCAGCAGCAUCUACAGCGUCGAGGUCAGCGGUUGCCAGCUCUGCCAGGCCCAUUCGCAGUUGCUGCAGUAUCUGGACCGAUACCGGAAGCGUUUGAAGGCCAAGAACCUGAUGUACAUCAAGCAGAUCCUGUUCUUGUUGGAGAAGUUUGUGGCUGUCCUGGGUGGGAAUGUUAACCAGAAUCCCAACACGCAGAGCCUUGCACAGCCAGGCACUGAGUUGAAGACCAUCAACGACUUCCUCUUUCAGAGCCAGGUAGACAACAUCAACCUCUUUAAGGUGCGGCGCUACUGUGAGAAGAGCAAGAUCAGCAGAAAGCUCUUCGGCUUCACAGAGAGGUUCGGCGCGGUCCUCACCCCUUCCAGGGAGCCACCCAGGCUUGCAGGCUUUCAGCAUUUCCUGCAGAGCCUGCAGCAGGGGACGACUGCAGCGCCCACCACCUGCCCGGAGGAGGAGGCGGCACCGCCCCGGCCUGCUUCCCCCCUGAUGCACAUCGAAGGCUUCCUGGACGCUCUCACCAGCGCCAACCAGGACGGCAGGAUCAUCCUCAGUCGCCAAGGCAGCCUUGGUCAGAGCACCCUCAAAUUCUUGCUCCUGAACCCAGCCAUACACUUUGCCCAGGUGGUGAAGGAAUGCCGGGCCGUGGUCAUCGCAGGGGGCACCAUGCAACCGGUGUCUGACUUCCGGGAGCAGCUGCUGGCGUGUGCAGGGGUGGGACCAGAGCGCGUGGUGGAGUUCUCCUGUGGUCACGUGAUCCCUCCGGACAACAUCCUGCCCCUCAUCCUCUGCACUGGACCCACCAGCCAGCAGCUAGAGUUCACAUACCAGAGGAGAGAGCUGCCUCAGAUGAUGCUCGAGACAGGCCGCAUUCUCUGCAAUCUGUGCACCGUGGUCCCCGGAGGGCUGGUCUGUUUCUUCCCCUCCUAUGAGUACCAGCGCCAGGUCCACGCCCACUGGCAGGAGAACGGGCUGUUGGAUCGCCUGGCUGCCAGGAAGAAGGUAUUUCAGGAGCCCAAGAGUGCGAGCCAGGUGGAGCGUGUGCUGGCAGAGUACUCCCAGUGCAUCCAGAGCUGCAGACAGGAAGGCGGCCAGGUGACCGGGGCACUGCUGCUCGCCGUGGUCGGGGGCAAGAUGAGCGAAGGCAUCAACUUCUCUGAUGACCUGGGCCGGUGUGUGGUCAUGGUGGGCAUGCCCUACCCCAACAUCAAGUCUCCUGAGUUGCAAGAGAAGAUGGCUUACCUGGAUCAGGCGCUUCCCAGAGCCCCCGGGAAGCCCCCUCCUGGGAAGGCUUUGGUGGAGAGUCUCUGCAUGAAGGCUGUCAACCAGUCUAUAGGCAGAGCCAUCCGGCACCAGAAGGAUUUCGCCAGCAUCGUGCUCCUGGACCAGCGCUACAGCCGCCCGGCGGUGCUGGCCAAGCUGCCCGCCUGGAUCCGGGAGCGCGUGGAGGUCAUGGCCAGCUUUGGCCGUGCCCUGGCCAGCCUGCGGAAGGUCAGUGCGGCCUCUGCCUCCCGCGCGAGCCUCCGCUCCCAAGCGCUGGGGCCUCACGUCCUCUUGUCUCCCCAGUUCCACCGUGACAAGGCCGGUCCCCCCGCCCCGCGGCGCACCACCGCCUGA